AUGUCGUAUUCUAAGUUUCAAAAGCUGGAUCGCGACCGGGAGCAGAUUCGGCUGCUGCACCUGAAACCAGCGGAAUUGCACGAACCCAUCUCGGCCACCUUGUCGCUCGCAUACUUGGAUGAACAGCCUAGCUACGAGGCGCUAUCCUACGUCUGGGGAGACGGAGAGGACCCCCUAGAAAUAACCCUGGACGGGGAAACCUUUCCAGUGAAAAUCAAUCUGUUUGCCGCCCUUCGUCUGCGUGACCGUCACGAGAUUAAGGUACUCUGGGUUGAUGCACUCUGCAUAAAUCAAGAAGAUGACGCCGAAAAAUCGUAUCAGGUACGAUUGAUGACCGAAAUUUUUAGAAACUCUAGGCGGUGUUUUGCCUGGCUGGGAGAGUUUGAAGAGGAUGUAGUCUUGAAGCAGGGUGUCACUUUAGACGCCUACCGAGGCGAAGGAGUGACUAUGGACAAAGAAAAUGCGCGCCUGGCACUGGAUUUGGUGACGAAACUAUCAGAGUUAUCAACUGACGGGCACUUCACUGCCGACGAAGCCUGUGUUCCAGCAGGCUGGGUUAGUGUUUCACCGCGGGAGGUGACUGCGUUGAACAAGCUGAUGAGCUUGAAAUUCUUCGAUCGUAUCUGGACGGUCCAGGAGUUCAUUUUGCCAUCCCACGUGGGGAUGGUGCUCGGCACCAUCCGAUGUGAAGAAGCUUUGGAAAGACUGGUAUCCAUGGAUGAGCGGGACUUGUGGAAACAUGAUCCCGUAUAUGGGGGUUGUUGCAAGGCCGCUAUCGAGAAAGUGCCCGAUUUGCCGGCCUUGAUACUGGAUCUGUAUGAGAACACGGUCACUUUAAGACAUAUGCGGAAGAGGCAGCUCACAGUCCACCAAGCCUUGGAACACUUCCGAACUCGGAAUGUCAAAGACCCCAGAGACAAAAUAUUCGGGUUGCUCGGCCUCACAGACCCCUCGACCAGGCAGCUGAUAGAUUACAAGCUCAGCAAAAAGCGAGUAUACAUCGGAUCUGUCCGCUACGGCCUUAGGACCACAAACUCGUUGCGCCCACUCAUGAGAUUACCCGAGAGCAAUCAUGACACGGCCUUGCCAUCAUGGGUGCCCAGCCACGAGGUAGAUGCCCCAGACACUCACACCCGAAACAUGAUGAAAAUGGAGGCCAAAUACCUGUAUCAAGGUCCUUUACUCUUCAGCACCGGGACUCAGCGCGAUAUGGAACUGGGGUCCGCGGGCGCGGAAGACGAGUUGCGGCUUGGUGGGCGCAGGUUCGACACCGUCAGGCGCGUUUUCGAAAAGCCCCCGCAGAGUCUGUGGCAGUCUCAGGGCGGCUCGGUUCUGAGGCGCCGCUUGCGGGAGGAAUGGCUCGACCUCCUCGCGUCCGACCCACGUCUGGACUUCGGCAGCUAUCCCAGCGGCGGGAGCUACACGACGGCUCUGUACCGAACGUUCACCAGCGAUACUCUUGUGCCUAUGGACCGCAAGAUAACGCGAAUCACGGCAGACGAUGAAGAAAUCGUGACAGGGGGUCUGUCUGAGCAGGGCUAUGCCGCCCACAGUGGACUCUUGCCCACGAAGACGUUCUUCGUAACUGAGCGAGGCUACAUCGGAAUUGGACCGGAUACCACUGAAGCCGGAGACGCAGUAUAUGUGCUAUUCGGAGGUCAUCUACCAUUCCUUCUGCGUGAUAUACCGGAGGGGUUGGAGGGAAGAGGUUCCCACACGUAUGUCGGACACGCUUAUGUGCAUGGGAUCAUGGACGGAGAAGUGCUACUCAUGGAUGAUAUUCAGGAUGAAGAGGUUAACAUAGUAUAG